UAAAAAAAAAUAUUUCUCCCAAGGGAGGAAUUUUUGAUGUCUUGAUUUUGUUUUUGUGUUGUUGCGUAUGAGAAUCGCUCUCGGAGCUUGUUUGAUGAAGUUAUUAGUCUUUAAUUUUAGUGAUUAUGAUGGAAAAUGUGAUUCCAUCAACUAUUUUAUGCUAAAACAUAUUUUCUUGAUUUCAAGCGAGAUUAAACGAAUAAUUAUGCUUUGAAAUUGUAUAUUUGCUUUAAAUGAUCCAUGAUUAUAAAUCAAACUGUAGACGAUAAUCAAAUGUAGCUCAUAAUAGAGGCACGUCUUCCUGAAUUAGUGAGCUGCAGGCAUUCAUUUAUGCCAUGCUGGCCAAGGCAACUAGUGAGGCAUUCAUUGAUCACAUGUUCAUGCCCAAGUAUGAAUAAUCAGAAAGCAGAUAGUAAGUCAGGAGAUCAUGAAGAUAAUGAUCACACUCAACCUAUCAAUUUAGUUGCAGCACGAACUCCUGCACCUACUUCUACCUUCUCUAGUUCAAGUUCAGGCCUUACAACGCAGCCUUUGGCUCUAAGACCACACCUUGAAGCUCAAAAGACUGGUUUAAUGACUCUGUAUUUCCGAACACCUGGACCGAGACCUCAGGGUCAAGUUAUGGGACCAGUUGUUGGAUCUCAAAGUUCUUCAGGACAACACUUCACUGGAAAACAAGGUCCAGAUUUUAAAAACAGUAAUAUAUCCAGUUGGACAGUUAUCAGAAUGCCUACAAGUGAUAUGGGUCCAACUGGAACUACAACUGCUAAUUCCAGUGGAACUGUAACUCCUGGAAUCCUUCCCUCUGCAUUGAGUGGUUCAGGGGGUAGACAUAUGAUUCCAACAGCGGUGCAUCCAGUUAUUGCGGCAGGAAGUUCAGGGCCAUCUAUGGCAUCUAUUAUUAGAGGAUCACAUCAAGUUCCUCCUUCAGGACAUGUUAUUCACCAGUCUUUUUCGUCUCAUGUGCCUAGAGGUCCAGCUGCUGUUGCAAGCAUCAGUGCAGCUCCUAAAUCAGCUGUUGCUACUCCUAUUCUUAGAACUCCUCAUUCGUCUGCUACUAUGGCACUUGGAUCAUCAUCAAUGAUGGCUCUGCAUAACCCAGUCAGGGCGAAAUCACCUACUCUGGCUGGAAGAACAGUGACACCGCCAGUUGGUGGGAGCACUUCACUUCCACAAGUUGUAGAUCUUCAAAAGUCGACUGUCGGGCAUUCUCUUUCAACCACUACAACGCAUGCUGGUCUUGGGUCACGAAGCUUAGACAGUACUGUGGUUAGGACUGGACCUUCACAUCCAUCGUCCAUUACUAUUGCAAAACCAAUUAAUAUUUCUCAACCUAUAGUACAGCAUUUGCAACAGAUGUAUGAUAAAAAUACAGUGAAGUCAGUGUCAAAUUUGUCAUCAACAACAACCAGUUCUUCUUCUAAUACAACUCCUGCACAUCAAACUGUUUUGCCUGGUACAUUCACUUCAGUUAAUGAAGCUGUGAGUGCUAUUUCAAGAACAACAGUAUCUACUGGUUUUUCCACUAGCAUCAUGCAGCUAUCUUCUACUUCACUUGGGACACCAUUGCAAGCUCUUCGAGCAUCUCAUGUUAAUCAAGCUUUGCAUGCAUUGUCCAAUGUAACUUCUGCAGGGACACCCCACCAAACUCUAACUGUCAUUUCUGCUAAAUCACUUAUGCCAGCUAACCAUUCAAUUUCUUUAGGCACCCCAGCUGCAAGAUCAGCUACACCUAAUACAACUGGUUCUUCAUCUGGAAGCUCAUCUAUUAUUUCAAGUCCGUCUAGACCUCUCAAUACUGCAAGCGUAAUUGGAGCGACUACUAUACCAGUUGCUAAAGUUUAUCCUCAAUCUCCGGCAUCCUCAAGAUCUGUAAGUGAACCAACUACGCAGGAUACCACACGCUCAGGAAGUUUUCAUCCUCAGCCAGUUGUCACUAGUACACCAAGAAUAAAUCCACCAGCAACCACUGCUAAUUGUGGGCCACAGUCUGUAAUGAUAUCUGAAAAACAAAAUGAAAAUUCUGGAGUGCGAUUUGCCUCCUUAGCGAAACCUCAGGCUGGUGAUGGAUCUUCAUAUGCUACAUCUUCUACAGCAUAUUUGUAUCAUGAUCAGUAUCCUGCUAACUUAACUAUGCAUCAAUAUUCUGGGAAUUCUUCUGGUUUUACUACAACUCAAUUAAGACCAGUUUCUUUUGCACAACACACAUCAAGCAAUGCAUCACAUUCUUCCAUACCGGUUACAAAUCCUGUGCAGCCAAUCAAUUCUGUUAUGGUUGCUGUUGAUUCUCGCCAUCAUGUUGCUUUGCAUCCCCCAUACGGCACUUCAGGGAAAACUUCAGAACUUGUAUCUGUUUCCACUUCUUCCAAUAACAAUUCUCAAUCUGUUGUUACUACAUCGUUCAACACUUUAUCCUCUCAAGGAACUGUUACUAAUCAUACUUCUCCUAGGCCAAGCAUCUUGAGAAAACGAACAAGUGAAAGUUUGAACACUGUUGCUAGAAAAAAUCUAUCUGGUAGCUUGAAUAAUGCUGAGCCUAUGAGUCCAAGGCCUGAUCUGAGCAAUAGUAUUAACUUCACCUCUGUUCUUUCACCUAAACCAACUAUUGAAAAAUCGAAAGAGGUUAUUUCUGCAUCUGGUCCAGCUACUAAUAACAUUAAUUCAACAAUAGCUUUGAUUCCACCAUCUGCUAUUAAGAAGGAACCAGGUCUCCCAGAAAGUCCUUUACAUUGCAUUGACCCUAUUCUUAAGGAUUCCAGGCAACUUGUUGAAGCAUCACCACGUAAAAAACCUAGAAAACAACUAUUGUCUACUAAUGAGCUAAUAGAAACUCAUUCAUCAGAAGGAGAUGAAAAUAAUUUUGAUCUUAAAGUAAAAGUUAAAGAAGAAAUGGAUGAAGACAAAAACAAAAAUUUGACUUAUUACAAAAGGCCCUCCAUGUCACUCUUGAAUACAUAUCGGCAGACUUGGAAACCUAGGCAUAAUCAUUUUGUCCGAUAUUCUGAUGUGAAACCCAGAGAAGAAAAAAAGCCUACUGUGAAUGAACUUGCAAAUCAAAAGGGAAUUCUCCAGCAAGUUAAUGGCUGGAAAGUUUAUCAUUUAUCAGCACAAAUGGAGGACAUUAUUGAAAUUGAAGAGACGGUCUAUUCUCGGCUAUCUGAUCUGUUAGACUUCGUCGAAAGCGAUCCACCAGUUAUGAAGAACCGGAAUUUAUUCAGUUCAGAAGAAAAUAGAAUCAUAAAUAAACUGAAUGAUUUGAUUAAAGGAAAUUUGCAGCGGAGUAAAAUUGUUCAAGAGCAAAUCACUGAAUCAAAGCAGCAGGCAAUAAAAAUCUUGGAUCACAAAACAAACGUUGCUGAAAUGGUAAACAAAUAUGUGAGCCGACGACCUCUUAAAAAGAAAGAAAAAACAUGACCCAGAAGAAAAUAUGCUGCUUAUGCGUGAUUUUAGAGACAAAGGAUUUUAUUGGUGCACACUCCACGUUUUUUUGUUACCUGUAUAGAAGCUUUUUUUCUCUCUUUAUCCUGUUUUAGAUGAUUUUCAAUUUCUUUUGUAAAUAUUUUAAGAUGUAAGUUUUAAAAAGUGUGUUAUUUGAAAAUAAAUCAUCACUUUUCUACAUUGUCAUUUAAAAAGAAGAGAUAUCAUCCUGCAUGUAUAUUAUCAAUUUUAGUAUAAUCAACUAAGUUGAUUAGACACUCGAUUUCAAAUACUUAAACUGUGAAUUACAAUACUUAUUCUUUUAUCGCUUUUAUUAUUAUUAUUUUUAAACAAUUCUGCUUAAGAAUUGUUACUAAAUAUAUUUUUUUAGUUUAUAUUUUUUAGUUGUAUAGGGCAUCCCCUUAAGACUUUUAACAGUGGUCAGGAACAUUUCUCUCAAGUGGGUCUUUUUUUUUCACAAACAUUUUCGCUGGUGAGCCACACAUCACUUCUAUUUUAGAUUAUACAUUAUUUUAGAAGUCUGUAAAUAAAAGCAUUAUGCUAUAUACCACUAUACCUUAAUUUUAGUACCUAGGUGACCCACAAGUUUUAGGCUGCUGACCACUGCUCUACAACAUUGUCUGAGCAAUGAAAAAUGACUCUAAAUUUGGAGUGUUUAAUUAAAUAAAAAAAAUUAAAAUGGUAUGACAGGGGUACCAUUAUGUGCAAGUAAAAGGCUAUAAAAAUAUGAAAUGAUGAUCAAAAUUAUAACUGUUUUUACAUACCAUCACACGUUAAUUAAUUUUAGCACAAUUAAAUCGAUUCGAAUGUAAUAUUUGCUGACUUUACAUGCAAAUAAUUCAGUUUAAAAAAAAAUUCAAGCAGUUAUAUUUUUUUCGAAUAACUUAUGGUGUUAUUUACAAUUACUGUAAUUUUUACUUACUUUCAUUAAUUUAAAAAAUAAAAACUGGCUGUGACAAAUAUAAUACAAUAUAUUACAUUCAUAACUGCCAGUACUCUUUAAAUAUUUUAUGAAAAAAACUCAAUAAUAAGGGCAAGAUUUUCAAAAGAAAAUUUUAAAUGAGGGGCUUUUUACUGUUUUAACAUUUAGCAAAUGCAGUAAAAAGUCUUAUGUGAAUUCAGACUUGUCAUUCCAAAAAAUUACAUUUAUCUCAAAUUUGUUAAAUAUUAUGAAUGUAGGACCAUAAAAUAAUUCAUUUCUGACAAAAAAGUUAAGCUUCAAUACUUAUUGUAUUUACAUUCCAAAACUAUUAGAAAUUUUUUAAUCAUUUAAUUGAAGAAAUACUGAACUAAGUAACAAAUUUUAAAUAAUAAUUUAAUAAGGGCUAUUCCCUAAUUUACAUUAAUAAUAUGAACUCUUUAAGUUUUCUUAGUUUGCUCAAUUCUUUACAUAUCUUUAUGAAUUCAGUAUAAUCAAAAGUAUUAAUAUUUUGUAAUAUAUAUUUUUUAAAUUAUGGUUUGACUAAUUAUAAUUUUGAAUUUAAAUUAUUCUUUUUUACACAAUAAAAUAAGGUAAUUAAUAAUUUAAAAAAUAUAAAGUAUGGUUCAAUAUUUAAAAUUCUGUUAAAAUUGUUUUUUUUUUAUGGUAUAAAAUCAAGAAAAGAGUUCGUUGUCAGAAAUUAGUUAUUUUAUCCUGAUCAUGUAAAAAUUUUUAAUAAUGUUUUUACAUAAUUUUUUUUUAGUAUGCAUAUCCUAAUUAUGAUUUUCUUUUUUAAAAAAAGUGUUAAAAAUAUUUUUUGCUUUAAAGGUGCUUAUUUUUUGUUAAAAAAUUUGGCUAUGCACCCUGUAUAAUAGGUCCGUUUUUAUGCCAAUAUCUCAAUUUUUUCCACAUUAUUUCGCUUUAUUUCUAUGCAGCAUGAAGUAUACCUUCUCUUCAUUUGGAGCCAGUGUUUAGUUUUUAAAUUCUUUUUAUGUUUUUUAAAACUUAUAAAAAUAGAAGUUUAAUUGAUACUAACAAUUAUUUUAAUAAAAAAUAUUAAAACAGCUUGGUUUUUUCUUAAAUGAGUUAAAUGUAUUUUAAGUCCGCAAAUACUAUGUUCCUUACAAUUAUUACGAUCCUUUUAUAGAAACAUAAAAAUAGUUGCAGACAAAUGUAAUUUAUUGAUCCAUGAACUUCUUUUAAGUUAUAAUUUCAAAAAAAAAGUAUUUGUAGAUUCUCAAAUUGAUUGCCUUUAUGGAUAUUUUCAUAAACUGCUUACUUACAAUAAAAUAUUUAUAUGGGUACUUGCAGAUGAAAAGAAGAAAUUAUUGCUGUACAUAUAUAAGAUAAUGAUGUAAAUUAUUAUAACUUUUAAAUGAUGUCAUGAAAUAAAAUCUUGAUAAAGAAAAAUAUCUUCAAUGCAAAGAAAUGAGUCAUUUUUUAAGUAUUACCAACAAAAAUUUUCUCAAUCUGUAGUGUUUCUAUUGUCUAAAUGGGGACCUUGUAUUUUUCUAUUAUUCCAUUUAAUUAGUGCAAAUAAAUAGUGUUAAGAAUUUUAUUUAAUUUUUAUUGCUCUUUAUUAGCAUUAAAAAUGUCAUGUGAAUCUCUCAAUAUUUUGGUGAUUCCUAAAAUAACCACUAACUGUAAAUAAGAAAUUUUAGAAGUGGUUAUCUGUGUUCAUUGUAUGAUAAGAACUGUCUCAUAAUAUUUUAGAUUAUGUUUAAAUGCUUUUUAAUCAAAGCUUUUGAAGAAGAAAAAAAAAUGCAAUAUCUUUCAUGCUAACAUGAUGUAUAUUUUAUAGCAUAUAAAAGUGUAUUUGCAUUUAUAUUUUUUUAUAAAUUAUAUGUCUGUAAAAUCCAGUAAAUUUAAAAUCACAAAAAAAUGUAUUAUGUGACUAUGUGUUAACUGGAUAGUGCCACCUUUUGCUAAUAGUAUAUAAAUACUCUUGUAAAGAAUGUAAACUAUAUUAAACAUCCAAACAAAACCUUUUAAUCACUCUCCAAAAUAUACUAACAACUCUGUGGUUGUUGAAAAAUUUUAACCAAUUUUGUAUGAAUAUUUUGAUUUAAACAGUCAUUCAAAAAUCUCUGUUUGAAUCAGUUUUAACAAAAUAAUGAUAAAAAAUAUCUUUGCUUUAAACACAAUAAGUUUAAAUGCACAAUAGGCUUUUCUUAAACUACGUAUUUAGGUUACAAUAAAAUUUAAUAGCUUAUCAAAUGUCUUAUCCAAUUAAUAAGUUUUAAAACAUUUAUUAAGCUGUUACUUUUUACAUUUUCUCCUUUUAGUGUUGGCAUAUUUUUAUUCAUCAGAAAAUUAUGAGAAACUUCAGUUUACAAAGCAGCUUUUUUGUAGUCUUAAAUUUCCUGUUUGUGUACAAAAGGCUGGCCAUCUAGUAAAACAUACCUCGGAUAGAGCUUUUUGCAUGCCAUCAAUUGUUUUGUACAAAUGUGUUAUUUUGAAUCAUAAAUGUACUAUACAUUUUAUUUGUUACUUCAUUGUAUAUAUUAUUCAUUUUUAAUGUAUUAGGGUAUCCUUUGAUUCUUCAUAAAGGAUAUCUUUUAUGUUUCUUGAGAUAUUGUCUUAUAAAAAGAUUACGAAGAUACUCAAUCUAAUAAUAAAUAAAAUGUAUCUACAUCUA